GCCCCUCCCAGCCCAAAUAAGCCCACUUCACAUACGCGCCCUCUCCUCCCACCGACCUCUCUCCCCGCCCCCUUUGUUCCUCGACUCCCCUCUCCACGAAAACCGCCUGCGAUUGGCCUGGAAAGGUUCCCCUGUAACGCUAAUUCGUCGCGGGAAACCCCUUUGUCGCCUUUCUCCGACCGGGGCUUCAGUUCCUCGCCGCCCUCUCGAGCCGUCGACUCUGAUGGGUUUCUCCGCCGGAGUCCAGUAUCGCCUCCUCUCCCAUCGAGACGGUGCGUCGGGAGGGUCCAGGCCGUGAGCCCGGAGAAGGGGGAAGGAGCGGCACGGGAAUAGAGCGGGAGGAGUAGUACUAUAUCGCUCGCUUUCGGGAUCUGAGAACUGGGAGUGCAUUGGUGAUAAAGCCGUCACACGGCGAAUAUGUUACACCUACGGAAAGGCAAAGACGAAACCAGAGGGGCGCCAGAUUUGACUCGUCAAACUUUGACCACACCAUCGGCCUCUCUCGUCUGCAUCGUUGUCGAAUCCAUUGGAAAGGCUUGGAGAAGAGUUGGGUCUCUCUUUAUUCGUCGUGGAAGGCGGAGGAGGCUUCAGGGUCUUUUCUGGUGAAGGGGUAUGGAUAAGUUUCUUGCUGACCGUGUCGUCGUCAUCGUCGUCCCCACGCACCAUCAAACUCCUAUGUAGUUCGAGCUGCACCUCCUUCGGCCGCUGCAGGAGUGCCAUGCAUGCAAGUGCUUGGGCCACCGUACCCAACUUCAAGUUGCAUGUACCAAGGAUGGUAGUCCAACCCACUCUUCUCCACCUCCCUGCAAGAUAGACAUGCUUUGCCAAGCGGAGGAACUUCGCAUUAGAGCAGCAGCUGUUUUGUCUUCUAGUUUUGGAGCGAGUUCUUAACGAGAAUCUCGCCUUCUCUCUCAUAUGUCGCUGGUAACAUUGUGCUGAUCGGUUUGGAGUUGGAGGUCGUUAUGGGUAAUUGCUCGUUUAGAGGGAAACCAUCCAUCUACAGAGCUUCAUCCGAUGGGAGAUCAGGAUCUCCAGAAGUUGAGAAUCCAUUGGUGAAAGAAGAGGAAAAGGAGGGUACAAAAUUGCCAUCAAACCCAGAAGAAGUGGAGGACUUGCGACGGGACACAGCAAUGAACCCCCUUGUUGUCUUCUCUUUCAGUGAACUCAAGAAAAUCACAGGGAAUUUUAAGCAGGACAACAUUUUGGGCAUCGGGGGAUUUGGUAGUGUAUACAAGGGUGUCAUCACUGAAGAACCUAGGGAGGGGCUUCAACCUCUUCAAGUAGCUGUGAAGGUCCAUGAUGGUGAUAAUAGCUACCAAGGUCACAGAGAAUGGCUGGCUGAGGUCAUAUUCCUCGGGCAGCUUUCUCAUCCAAAUUUGGUCAAAUUGAUUGGUUAUUGCUGCGAAGACGAGCAUCGAGUCCUGGUGUAUGAGUUAAUGGAUCGGGGCAGUGUGGAAUUCAAUCUCUUCUCAAGAGUAGAAGCGCCCCUUCCGUGGUCGAUUAGAAUGAGAAUUGCGUUAGGUGCAGCAAAAGGGCUUGCUUUGCUCCAUGACACUGAAAAGCCAGUUAUAUACCGUGAUUUUAAAACUUCCAACAUUUUGCUAGAUCAGUCGGGGCACUCCAAAGAUGAGUGUAUAAAACUGAAGAAGUUACCAAAGAAGAAGAAAGCAUUCAAGGUGAUAUGGGACGGAUCGAGUACAUCUGAAGACGAGGAGCAAACCAACAAAGGCGAGGUGGCGAAUUACGACUUAAUGGCUCUCAACGAUGAGGAGUAUCAUGCAAAACUGUCUGAUUUUGGACUUGCAAAAGAUGGACCAGUAGGUGAUAAGUCUCAUGUUACUACCCGAAUAAUGGGAACUUACGGAUACGCAGCACCAGAGUAUAUCAUGACAGGGCAUUUGACCACCAUGAGUGAUGUUUACAGCUUCGGUAUGGUCCUCCUUGAGCUCCUCACCGGAAGGAAAUCACUGGACAAGUCUCGUUCUGUGCGAGAGCAGAUGCUUGCUGACUGGGCUGCACCAUUGCUUACACACAAGAAGAAAGUGUUGGGGAUCGUAGACCCCAGGUUGAGUGGAAAUUGUCCAGAUAAAGCCGUUCAAAAGAUAGCCAUGCUAGCUCACUACUGCCUCAACCGCAAUCCAAAGGCGAGGCCUCUUAUGAGAGACAUUGUCUGCUACUUAGAACCUCUUCAGAUAGCUGUGGAUGUCCCAGGCAUAGUGGCAUAGAUGAUUCAACUAGCAGCUCUAUGAGAUGAAAGUAUCGAACCAGAGUUUACACUGGUCUCUGAUGGUGCCAAUAUUGAGAGUAGUAGUAGCUGCGGACAAAGACAUUAAUUUCAGAGAUGAAUUCUUGACCAAUGUCUCAGAAAAAUGUCAAUUUUCUUCUGUCCAACCGUCAUUAAGUUUGAAUUGUUUACCACGAUCCAGUGGAAAAGCAGUAAAUUAUGGUUUGAAUAUUAAUCGAAUAGUAUCUGCCAACGGCAAAGCAUGUUGAGUAGAAUUUUCGCAACAAGAAGGUAAAAUUUUGGGUUUGA